AUGUCAAAUAUUCCUUUCCCACGUCUUCAACCCGCAGUAGAACAGGGACCAAAACAGAUUUUACCAGAUUUGAAUAUAAGAUUAAUCUGCCCAGAUUGCAAAAACCCUGUACCAAACAUCAUCGAGGAAUUUGCAAGUGGUGACCUUGUUUGUGGUGAUUGCGGCCUUGUUCUCGGGGACCGAAUUAUCGAUACUAGGUCCGAGUGGAGAACUUUUGCUAACGAUGAAGGAGACGAUCCCUCACGUGUUGGUGCCGCUGCUGAUCCACUUCUCGAUGGUUCGCAAUUAGACACAAUAAUCUCUAGAAGGGAUGGCGGAUCUGGAACCGCUAGAGAUCUUAACAAAGUUCAUGGCCGUGCAAAUGCAGUUAAGGGUGAAAAAAAUCUUGUCCAAGCCUACAAAGAGAUCGCCGCAAUGGCUGAUGCAAUAGGUUUAACCCGAUUGAUCGCUGACAUUGCUAAACAAUUGUAUAAGAGAGUCGAAGAGGAGAAACUUCUACGUGGUAAAAAAAAUGUACCACGCACUUUUAAGGAAAUUUGUGCCAUUACUCGAGUCCCUAAAAAAGAAAUCGGACGUUGCUUCAAGACUCUGAUCCGUACCUUUGAAACCAAUGUAACUACAAUGACAUCGGAAGAUUUGAUGUCACGUUUCUGUUCGAGGUUGCAUCUCCGUAUGGAAAUACAAAAAGCCGCUCUUGACCUUACAAUAACAACGAAAUCGCUUGGUACCUUGGAAGGAAAAUCACCGGUAUCUGUAGCUGCGGCUUGUAUUUAUAUGGCAUCUUGUCUGUAUAAUCAGCCUCAAUCAACAAAAGAUGUUUCUCAAGUAACGGGUGUUUCCGAAGUAACCAUCAAGAAUUCAUAUAAACUGCUUUAUGUGGUUCGUGAAAAGUUACUUGGUGAUAAAAAAUAUGCAUUAUCUUUUAAAUAUCCUAAGGUUAAUGUUCUUAUCAUCACG